AUGCAGUACGUUGGUAGGGCCAUUGACUCCGUCUCCAAGACAUGGUCUUCAAUAAAUCCAGCAACACUUUCCGGAGCUAUUGAUGUUAUUGUGGUAGAACAUCCAGAUGGAAAUUUGGCUUGCUCACCUUUUCAUGUGAGGUUUGGGAAAUUUCAAAUAUUGAAACCGUCACAAAAGAAAGUUCAAGUUAUUGUUAAUGGGCAACCCACAGAUAUUCCUAUGAAGCUAGGUGACUCUGGAGAAGCGUAUUUUGUAUUUGAGACAAAAGCUGGGCUGGACACCAUUCCUCACGACCUGAUAUCUUCUCCAGUGGUCAGCGCUACCAGCAGUCCCAGCUCUUCUCCAAGAGGUAAUUCUGGAAGCAGUUCCCAUUUGGAGGAGCCUGAUUUUCUGGACAUAGGUAAUCCUGCUCAAAAUGAUGAUACCAUCCCAAAAACGCCACCUUCUUCACUAGAAAAGGCCUCAACAUUUGAAGAGCGGGCAAGAAAGCUAAACGAAAAGCUUCAAGAAAAGAAAAUUCCUAGUAAAUUUGACAAUAAUGGAGACUUACUGCUUGACAUAGAGGGUUACAAGCCUAGCAAGGAUAAAGUUCACGAUACUGAUGAAAUGCUUAAACAACUGUUGCAUGAUGAGCUGGGCAAUGAGUAUGACAUCUCGUCAUUCGUCAAAGAAGAUAGUAAUGGCAAUAUGCGAAUAAUAAACCCAUAUGAGCAUAUCAAUCAGCAAUCACCUCCUGGAUCUCCUCCUAUCAUGUCAACGGACUCCUUGGAUACUCCUAAUUCCAGCAUUUCCGAGAUUUCUACACCUACAGACACCACCACAACUACUGCAGAAUUAAACUCCAUGGCAUCUAAGCCCAAUGCAACGACCACUGCUUCGGGAAAGAAUUACAUAAAGACCAUAAGACUUACCUCUGAGCAAUUGCGCUGUCUGGACUUGAAGUAUGGCGAAAAUGACCUUUCGUUCUCAGUUGACAACAGCGGUGCAGUUGUUACAGCGAAACUUUUUCUGUGGCGAUGGGAUGUACCAAUUGUUAUAUCUGAUAUCGACGGAACUAUUACAAAAUCUGAUGCUCUAGGACAUGUUUUAACCAUGAUAGGAAAGGAUUGGACUCAUCCAGGGGUUGCCAAGCUAUUUACAGAGAUUAAGAGAAACGGUUACAAUGUAAUGUAUCUUACCGCGAGAAGUGCAGGCCAGGCUGAUUCUACGAGGAGUUAUCUCAGAAGUAUCGUACAAGAUGGUUGUAAAUUACCAGUGGGACCGGUAAUAUUAUCACCCGAUAGAACAAUGGCAGCGCUCAGAAGAGAGGUGAUCCUAAAAAAGCCUGAAGUUUUUAAAAUUGCAUGUCUCAACGAUCUUCGGAAGCUUUACUUCGGUGAUCUCAAUUAUGAUGACGAUGAGGAAAAGGACGAAUUACCGACACCUUUUAUCGCUGGGUUCGGUAAUAGAAUUACGGACGCUUUAUCAUAUCGAACUGUAGGCAUUCCAAGCUCGCGUAUUUUUACGAUAAACCCCGAAGGAGAGGUACAUAUGGAAUUGCUAGAAUUGGCUGGUUAUAGAAGCUCGUAUCUUCAUAUUAAUGAACUUGUUGAUCACUUUUUUCCACCGGUAAGGCAAAUCUAUCUGGGAAAUAAUGACGAUUUGAAGAGCCAAUCUCCAACACCAGGAUCUCCAGUUGGAACAGCUAUGGAGGAGAGGUCAUUUUACAGACCCAAAGAUGGCCAAUUUUCGGAUGUAAAUUUUUGGAGAGAGCCUGUUUUGAGUAUUGAGGAUAUAUCAGACAUUAGCAGUGAUGAUGGGAGUUACAAUUCUCCGCAAACAGCGGAUGAUAAUGGGAAUCGGACUCGCACACCUUUGGAAAAUGAUGACGUAAAGAGCUCUAAAAGCGCAAGUGUUCCUAUUGAUUAUCCAAGAACGCCAACCAGCAUGAGUAAGAUUGCUAACGACGGAAUUGCAUUGGAUAACACAUCGAAAGAUAUUGGAAAACAAAUUUAUCUAGAGCUGGGCUCUCCGAUAUCCUCGCCACGCUUAAGUUACGUCGAUAAGGGUUUAACUCAAAAAAUGGACCAUCUCUCGAUUGCAUCUUCGGCUAAACCCAGCACCCAGGUAUCCAAGUUAAAUGUCUUCGAUGAUGAUCACAACAAAAUCCCUCUGCAUAAUUCAUCUGGGGCUCCAGCGAGCGAGUUCGAUCAUGAAGGUGGUGAAGAUUAUGAGGAUGACGAAUUUGACGAGGAUGAAUUCGAUGACGAUGGCGAAGACAACGAUGAUGAGUUUGACGAAGAUGAGUUCGAGUCUUGA